UGAAACGCAAUUGAAGCAUGUGAUGAGACGAGAGUCUUGGAGUAUUUAUAUAAGAGAGAAACAUUCCCAAGAAACGGUAGUAGAGUAAUUGCAAACACAAUGGAACCGAUUUCAAAGACUCAAAGAACUAUUCACGAUGACUCCAAGUCAAUGGGCAGACGUUUCGUUGACUUGGCCAAGUUUCUAUCAUCAUUAAAAAGUGAUUUGGAUCUUGCAAAUGUCACAGCUCCACCAUUCUUUCUAGCACCAUCUUCAGUUGUUGAGAAUCCUGGAAGUUGGGCAAAGAAACCUUUACUUUUCACAGCACCAACAAAAGAACUCGAUCCAGCGAAACGAAGCCUUUCAGUUUUGCAAUUGUUCUUGGCAGGUCUUCGAAGUCAAUUGUAUGUUGCAGGCGCUCCAAAUGUCAGCAUCAAGAAACCUCUCAAUGCUUUUCUUGGUGAACUCUUCCUUGCCUCUUGGAGUGAGGGAGACAGUGAUACCAAAUUGGUAGUUGAGCAGGUUAGCCAUCAUCCACCAAUUACUGCGAUGCAUAUUUCUGCAGAUGGAAUAAGAGCGGAUGGUUACGGACGAGUUGAGAUGACCUUUAAUGGAAACAUCAAUAUUCGACAAAUGGGACACGCCGUGAUACACCUCGACAAGUUUGAUGAGGAUUACCUGGUUCCUCUGACGGAUGUCACUGUGCGAGGUUUCCUAUCAGCUUGUCUUUACCCAGAGAUCAUCGGCACAUAUACAAUCAUCUCAAGCUCUGGAUACGUCUCGGAAAUUGACUUUUCUGGUGCUGGUCUAUUCCGAGGCAAGAGAAAUUGUUUCGAGGCGAGGGUGUAUCACAAAGAUGAGCCCAAGAAACAUUGCUACAAGCUAUCUGGAGUCUGGAGCGACGGAUGGAAGAUUACCGACAGCAAAGGAAAGUUGGUGGAAACAUAUACAGUCGACCCAGAAACAUCUGCAGACAUGCAUAUCGAUCCAGUAGAAGAACAAGAUCCACGAGAGUCAAGACGUGCAUGGGGAGAAGUUAUAUCAGCUCUGGAGCAAGGGAAUUACAGGGAUGCAUCUCACGCGAAGCAUGAAGUUGAAGAGGCGCAAAGACAAAAGAGGAGAGAGGAGAAGUUACAUGGAAAAUCAUGGGAGCCGUUGCUGUUUCGGAGUUUACCAGGUGAUGAGCAUCAAGCUUUUCAUCAAUUGGCCCAAGGGACAAAAUGGAAGCUUCAUGAUCUUGAGACGAAAGGUGUUUGGAGGGUUGACGAUGAGAGUUUGCAGAGGAUGAGAAAGGAGGAUGGGCAGAUUACGAUUUAAUGAACAUGCAUAGCUAUAGAUAAUUCCAGACGGGAAAUAGAUAUCAUUUAAAUGCUUGAGUGUUUAUUUUGAUACAGGAUUGUUUAACUGAACGGGUGGCGUUAUGCUUUGCCUAUGGACAAAAUAUAAACGGG